AUGGCGACAGCAAGAUUAUCGCCGACGGCGACCCUUCUACGGAAGUCCCGUCUUUUCGCCCUUCCGUCAGCCCUGCCCUUACCUUCGCAAGAUGCGACAUCAAAGACCGUCUUUGAAUCCGACACCGCGACCCUGCCUCAUCCGAUCCGAGCGUCCAUCGUCACACCGGCUUCAUCGCUAGCAAGAGGGGAUUGGGGUCUCAAGCGGCCACUUCCCGGAAAGUCGACGUACGAAAAAUCUUCCCAGCCUGUUGUCCGGCUAAACGCACUCGAUACGUUCGAACAUGUCACGGAUUUUGAGUCCGCCGCAGACCACACGGUGACUCUGCAGAAGUUCCAGGAGCUGCAUAUGCCCAUGUCUCUUCCUUCGAAGGUCAACUACGCCACUAGCAUGGUUCCCAGACAUCAGAGUCCCUUCGAAUCCCGGGUCGAUAACACAGACACCAGCAAGGGUCUUCAGGAGACAGGUGCCAAGCAGUUUAGACAUUCUGGACCAUGGCUCGCAGGGCAAACCGAAGCUGAGUUCAAUGCGUAUCUGAAUAAGGUGCGCCAACGGAAGCCUGAACUCCUUCAGAAGCUCCGCGAUCACUUUGUUGCCAAGCGAACUGCCGAACGCAGAAAGCAAGCCCAGGAUAACGGCGAGGAUCUGGAGGCUCUCGGUCCGAUCAACGUCACCGAGGAGGAAUUCCAACGAUAUAUCAAAUCUCUGCGAACAGAUCCAUUUUCUCUCGGUCCUGUCGUUUUUGAGCUCCUGGAUCUUCCAUCUCCACCCGCUGUCCCUAGUGAUCGAAUCGGCCACAAGUACUACCAAUCUCCUGGUACCAAACUCUCGUCGGCGGAGUAUGCUGUAUCCGGCCCCCCGAAGACCCAUCCUUCCGCCGGUCUAUCCUAUACUCGAUCUCAUGCUCUGAUCUACAAUCACCCAAAGUUUGGGCCCCAGGCGUAUCAGCGUCCUGUCCAGGCUCGUAUCCUGCGGCCCAAGGGUCGGUUUAAGGGUAAGACAUCGAAGGCCAUUGCUGGUGUCGGUGGUAUCGCUGUGGAGGAUCUCAACGCCAUGACGUUCGUCGAGCAAGGAUCGCCCGCCGGUCUGGCAUACUUCGACGCAUCCAUUCCCGGUGGUGCAAAGUACUGGGUCACUCCCAUCCGCGCCUCGGUGGAUUCGGAGGGUAGAAUUGGUUUGGCAUCAUACCGUGCCAGUACUACUGCCAAGGCUCCUUAUGGCAUUGAAGAAUACAAGAAGCCUACUUCGACAAGUAUCUCCCACGUCGCCCGUGGUGAACAGCGCGUGGUUCCUCGAUUAGACAGAGACUUGCCCGCCUAUGCUCGCGCUCGCAAGGUUGAACAGGAUGCCGGUGUCUUGCCGGAGUCGCAGCAGGGCAAAGAUGAUGUUGCGCGAAACCUUUUGAGGACUCUCAGCUCUAUCUAA